AUGAAAAGGGCUUAUCUUUUUCUGGUUUUGGUAACUUUCGUCUUCGUUUCAACUUCUUCAUGUUACUCUAUCGAAGAACGAGACAUUCUGCUUCGAUUCAAAGAGAGUAUCAGUGAAGAUCCGUACAAUAGCUUGGUCUCUUGGGUCUCUCACGGCGAUCUCUGUAACAGCUUCAAUGGAGUCACUUGUAAUCCAGAUGGGUUCGUGGACAAAAUCGUUCUUUGGAACACAAGUCUCGCCGGAACUCUAACUCCGGGAUUGUCCGGUUUGAAGUUUAUUCGAGUUCUGACCUUGUUUGGCAACAGGUUUACAGGUAAUUUACCGGUUGAUUACUCCAAGUUACAGACUUUGUGGACGAUUAAUGUUAGUUCCAAUGCUUUGUCUGGUCCGAUCCCGGAGUUUAUCGGCGAAUUGUCUAGCUUGAGGUUUCUUGAUUUGUCUAAAAAUGGUUUCGCCGGAGAGAUUCCUGUUUCUCUGUUUAAGUUCUGUAACAAGACUAAGUUUGUUUCUUUGUCUCAUAACAAUCUCUCUGGAUCAAUCCCUGAUUCAAUAGUAAACUGUAACAAUCUCGAAGGAUUUGAUUUCUCUUAUAAUUAUCUUAACGGAGUGUUGCCGAGUAGGAUCUGUGAUAUUCCGGUGCUUGAGUAUAUCUCAAUGAGAAACAAUUUGUUGUCUGGUGAUGUCUCUGAGGAGAUACCGAAAUGUCGGAGAUUGAGCCAUGUUGAUAUUGGAAGCAAUUUGUUCCACGGGUUUGCGCCUUUCGAGGUUCUUGGAUUCAAGAACAUAGCGUAUGUCAAUGUUUCUUGGAACCGGUUUGGUGGGGAGAUUGGAGAGAUAGUUGGUUGCGGUGAAAGUUUGGAGUUUUUGGAUGCUUCGUCGAAUGAGUUAACUGGUAGGAUCCCUAUCGGUGUAACGGGUUGCAGAAGUCUCAAGCUUUUGGACUUGGAGUCUAACAAGCUGAAUGGGAGUAUCCCGGGAGGUAUGGGGAAGAUGGAGAGCCUCUCGGUGAUCAGAUUAGGUGAUAAUUUUAUAGACGGGGAGAUACCGAGAGAGAUUGGAAAUUUGGUGUUCUUACAGGUUUUGAAUCUGCAUAAUCUCAGCCUCAUUGGUGAAGUUCCAGAGGAUAUAUCCAAUUGCAGAGUACUUCUUGAGCUUGAUGUUUCAGGGAAUGAUUUAGAAGGAGAGAUCCCUAAGAAGCUAUUAAACUUAACAAACCUGGAGAUUCUUGAUCUGCAUCGAAACCGUCUCAACGGAAGUAUUCCACCUGAACUUGGAAACCUCACUAAAAUCCAGUUUCUUGAUCUUUCACUUAAUUCGCUUUCAGGGUCAAUCCCGUCUUCCCUCGGGAAUUUGAAUACACUAACACAUUUCAAUCUCUCCUACAACAAUCUAUCCGGUGUUAUCCCUCCUGUUCCGAUGAUUCAAGCUUUCGGAUCUUCUGCGUUUUCAAACAACCCUUUCCUAUGCGGUGACCCUCUUGUAACUCCCUGCAAUUCACGUGGAGCUGCAGCAAAAUCCAGAAAUUCAACAGCUCUAAGCACUUCUGUUAUCAUUGUUAUAGUUGCUGCUGCUGUUAUCCUCUUUGGUGUCUGCCUAGUGCUUGCUUUGAACUUAAGAGCUCGUAAAAGGAGAAAAGGCGAAGAAAUAGUUACAGUCGAAACCACUCCUCUGGCGUCUUCAAUUGACUCUAGCGGUGUGAUAAUCGGAAAGCUUGUUCUUUUCAGCAAGAAUUUGCCUUCAAAGUAUGAAGAUUGGGAAGCGGGUACAAAAGCUUUGCUUGACAAGGAAAAUAUAAUUGGCAUGGGAUCGAUUGGAUCAGUCUAUAGAGCAUCUUUCGAAGGCGGGGUCUCCAUUGCAGUGAAAAAGCUUGAGACUUUAGGAAGAAUCAGAAAUCAAGAAGAGUUUGAGCAAGAAAUCGGACGGCUUGGAGGCUUGCAACAUCCGAAUCUGUCUUCUUUCCAAGGUUAUUAUUUUUCCUCAACAAUGCAGUUGAUUCUCUCUGAAUUUGUCCCAAACGGUAGCCUCUACGAUAAUCUACACCUAAGAAUCUACCCGGGAACCAGCUCAAGCCAUGGGAAUACUGAUUUGAAUUGGCACAGGAGAUUUCAGAUUGCUUUAGGAACCGCAAAAGCGCUCUCUUUCCUUCAUAAUGACUGUAAGCCGGCGAUUCUUCAUCUUAAUGUUAAGUCCACCAACAUUCUUCUAGACGAAAGUUACGAGGCAAAGCUAUCGGAUUAUGGGUUAGAAAAGUUUCUCCCGGUUCUGGACAGCUUUGGUUUCACCAAGAAGUUCCACAACGCAGUUGGGUACAUUGCUCCAGAGCUAGCGCAGCAGAGUUUGAGAGCGAGUGAGAAAUGCGAUGUGUAUAGCUACGGUGUGGUUCUUCUUGAGCUGGUAACGGGUAGAAAACCGGUCGAGUCUCCAUCAGAAAACCAAGUCUUGAUCUUGAGAGAUUAUGUGAGGGAUAUGUUAGAGACUGGUUCAGCUUCUGAUUGUUUUGAUAGAAGGUUGAGAGAGUUUGAAGAGAACGAGCUGAUUCAAGUCAUGAAGUUAGGACUGCUUUGUACGUCGGAGAAUCCAAUGAAGAGACCGAGUAUGGCCGAGGUUGUGCAGGUUCUUGAAUCAAUCAGAAAUGGAUUUGGAUCAUGA